GUGAGAUUCAUCGAUUCCUCUUGUGUUUCUCGCUUCUCUCCUUUCUUUCCACUUUGGCCGCAGCGGCGUUUCCCAUGGUUCCGAACGGGGUUGCCUCGCCCAGGCAGGGCCCUACAGGCGCUAAGCCCCGCAGAAACCCUUGCGCCUGAGCUCUGUCGCCCACCCAUGUCCGCGAUGGAAUUGGGUGGUGGGUGGUACUGGUGCUUGAUGACAGUGCAAGUGGUGGGUAGCGACGCCAGCUACAAUGCGCCCUCGCAGCCUGGUCCGGUUUUUGUUUCAACAUCGAGCGAGGAAGAGAUGAGUGCCGGUGGAGGCGCUGCCUACCUGGUACCUACGUGGCACCUCACCUCAUGCACCAACCUUCCCACUGCGGCAGGUAGCACUGGCAACCGAGCCGAGGACCUUGGGUUUGGGUCGACAGUUCCAUCAACUUAGAGGGCUACGGUGGCAACGGCGUUUCCACUGCCCCUGCCACCAGAAAAUCGUCCCAUCAAACCCCAAUCCCUGUUGCGUGCAGGUCCCAGGGCUCACAAACCCCAGUGCGGCGGAUGCAAAAUACAUUCCGUUCCUUAGAAAACCAAGCC